AUGACUGUAGACUCCAACUGGCAGAUCCAGUUUGUCUUCAGAUUGAGUGUAGAAUAAUCACAGCUGCAGCUGGAGGUGUGUGGUAAGCCUGUAGUCAAAGGCAGGAUCGUUGGAGGAGAGACGGCCACCGAAGGCCGCUGGCCCUGGCAGGCCAGUCUGCACAGCUUCGGAGGACACAUAUGUGGAGGAUCCCUCAUCAACAAUCAGUGGGUGCUGACCGCUGCGCACUGCUUCCCAAGUGCCUCCAGCCUCGAAAACAUGACUGUGUUUCUGGGACGCCAGAGACAAGAGGGAUCCAACACCAAUGAGGUGGCUCUGACUAUAGCAGAGAUCAUCAUUCAUCCAAACUACGUCCCAAUAACUAGUGACAACGACAUCGCCCUGCUGAGGCUCUCCUCACCGGUGACUUUCACCAACUUCAUUAUUCCUGUCUGCCUGGCAGCCUCAAGCAGCACCUUCUACAACGGCACCGAUACCUGGGUCACCGGCUGGGGCAACAUUGGAAGUGGGGUGAUCCUUCCCUCGCCACAAAACCUGAUGCAGGUGGAGGUGCCAGUGGUGGGGAACAGACAGUGUAACUGUGACUAUGGAGUGGGCGAGAUCACAGAGAACAUGAUGUGUGCCGGGUUACGUGCCGGGGGCAAGGACUCCUGUCAGGGGGAUUCCGGCGGUCCGCUGGUGAGCCUGCAGGGCGGUCGCUGGAUCCAGGGGGGAAUCGUGAGUUUCGGAAAGGGUUGUGCCCUGCCCAAUUUCCCGGGAGUCUACACCAGAGUGUCCCAGUAUCAGACCUGGAUCAACAGCCACAUCGCCACCAACAAGCCGGGCUUCCUCGCCUUCACGUCCACAGGGACUGACAGUGACCUGAACGUCAGCUGUCCAGGCCUGCCCCCAAUUCCAACCACCCUCCCUCCAGCGACCACAGCCCAACCUGUGGUCUGUGGCCAGGCCCCAAUGAAUUCACGCAUUCUGGGAGGAAGCUCGGUGGCGACAGCCGGCGAGUGGCCGUGGAUUGCCAGCCUGCAGAAGAAUGGAAGUCAUGUAUGUGUUGGGACUCUGGUGGCCUCGGACUUUGUACUGAGCAACGCCAACUGCUUCUCAAGUCCUAAUGUAGUUCAUUUUAUCUCCUACAGUUCACCCAUCGCGUCCGAAUGGACAGUCGUCUUGGGUCGUUUGAAACAGAAUGGACUCAAUCCCUUUCAGGUGAUAAUGAAUGUGACAAAUAUCACUCUGAGCAACUUCACUGGCACUAAUAUAGCAGUGCUGCAUCUGGUAGCCCGACCCGACCUGUCCGACUACAUCCAGCCCAUCUGCCUGGACAGCGGACAAACCUUCGGUGUGGGCUCGACGUGCUGGGCUGCCGGCUGGAGCUCCGGACGAGGAGGAGAGGAACAAGUGCUGCAGGAGUUCCAGACCUCGGUGUUAGACUGCGGGAACGCGUCAUCAACUGACACCAUUUGUACUGGAGUUUUUACACUGGAGCAGGUGAAUAAUGACAUUGGUGAUUCUGGCAGUCCGAUGAUGUGUAAGAAGGACGGCUCUUGGUUCCAGGCGGUGGUGUUAUCAAAGGAAAACAACUCCACCCGUCAAACACGAGCAGACCCAGUGAUGGUCCUCACCAAACUGAGCCGCUUCCAGCCCUUCUUGUCUCAGACAGUGGGGACGUUUUUAUCUCCAGCCUCCACCGACAACAGCACCAACACCACCACCGCUGCCACCACCUUGACCACCAGCGGGGGCACUCUCACUCACUCCCCUUCCUUCUUCUUCUUUGUCCAUCUCCUCGUCCUCUCAGUGUGUCUCCACCUCUUCUGGUAG